ACCUGGCGCCGGGACACGCAGUGAAUCCUUUCUAUGUAGGAUACGGGCCGGUGGGCACUUCCGGUCCUGCGCCGAACGAAUGAGAAACAGCGUUCGGCACAGCCAACCAUGCAGCCUGAUAUUCGCUCUUGAUGGAACAGGGUCUCGGCAUUGCACUCGGGCAGACUCUGAGGCCAGUGAGGAUGAAGGUGCUAGUGAUAUCCUUAGCCACUGUAGCAGCGCCAGUGAAAAUGUUAGUGUUGCCGAGGAGGGGUCAGGAAAUGACACACAGGAUUUUCUGUCAGCCCAGGAGCAACGGGAAGACAAGCUGAAGGAAGACAUAGACAAUAUUACAGAGAAGAGUACGAAAACAAGAGUUACUGCACUGGGCAGCCUGCGGCUUUCUUUGUCUUCUCAGGUCCUCAGCGAUUUCCUUGCAGAAAGAAGAGUCACCCUUACCGAUGCACUAGAGCGUUGUUUAAAAAAAGGAAAGGAUGAGGAGCAGUCCCUGGCAGCCACAGUACUUUCUCUUCUUUGUAUACAAUUGGGGUCUGGUCCGGAAGGUGAAGAAGUCUUCCACUGUCUAAAACCGAUUCUUAUUAGUAUAUUGACUGAUUCCAGUGCUGGAUUGACAGCUCGGCAGAGUUGUGCCACCGCUUUGGGUCUGUGCUGUUUUAUUGCUGCUGCUGAUGUGGAGGAUCUCAUCUCAUGUCUCGGCAUCCUAGAGGGAAUAUUGACUAUGUUAUACUCGGAAAACAAUGGCACCCCACCAUCACAGCAAGGCCUGGUUUGUUGUGCCAUUCAGUCCUGGGCAUUGCUGUUAACAAUUUGUCCUGCCAGCCACGUCAAGAAGAUGCUGGAGAGUCAUCUUCCCCGUUUGUCAGGAGUCCUGGCAUGUGAGUUUGUCAGCCUCCGCAUUGCUGCUGGAGAGUCUCUUGCACUUCUGUAUGAACUGGCACGUGAUCUGGAUGAGGAUUUCUAUUCUGAAGAUACAGACACUCUGUGUGUGACACUGAAGCAAUUGGCAACUGACAGCAACAAAUACAGAGCAAAGACUGAUCGUCGAAAGCAGCGAUCUAUCUUCCGGGAUGUCCUACACUACAUUGAAAGCAGCGAGUUUCAAGAGGAGACCAUAAAGUUUGGUUUAGAAGUGAUGUAUGUGGACAGCUGGGCAUGCAGGAGAACAUACAGCUCUUUUAAAGAAGCACUGGGCUCAGGAGUGAGGCAUCACUUACAGUACAACGAGGUUUUGAGAGACAUCUUCUCCUUGGGGCCACCACUGGUCUUGGAUGCUGCAGCAAUUAAAGCAAGUAAAAUCUCAAGAGUGGAGAAGCAUAUGUUCAAUUCUGCUGCCUUCAAAGCCAGGACAAAAGCUCGUAACCGGGUCAGAGACAAGAGAGCGGAUAUUCUAUAAUUUUUAUCCUCCUGCAGUCACCACUAUACUGGGACCUUGUGCCCUUCCUUGACUUCUUUAUAUAUUUAAUAUCCCUUUGCCAGUGUGAUCUGCAGCCCAGAGCGUUGCCCUUUUAUGGGUGAGCGAGAAGAGGAUCACUGUUGCCGUGAUUGCUGAACUGACAGAAGGAAAAAUAUUUUUGCGAAGACUUGUAUUUUUUUUUUUUAGAUUGAGCGGUGUAAUGAUUGCCCAAGGCAGGAGUACGGACACAUCAUGAAUGAGCUCUGUCCUCACCAAGGUGCUUUACACAACUCUCUACGUCCUCCAUCAUUCAACUAGCUGCCAUUGGAGAAUGUCUACUUGGAGUUACUUUAACACAGUUACAGUCAAAAAGUCUGAAAAUAUAAAGAAACAAGAGGUUUUAAAGGGAACAUGCUGCUUUUUAACACCUUGUGGGUUGUCUCCUUCUGCGGCAUUGCUUCAUCAAUUGAGCAUUUUGAAAUUUUAUGAGUUGGUUUUAAUGUGGAUCUGCAGCUACAUUCCAUGACCAUAGGUAACAAUGACACUGGUGCUUGGUGCAGCAAGGUAAAGGUCUUACAGACCACUAAUAUCUGAGCAGUGCCGAAGGUAUUUUCUAUUGAUACCAGCUUGACUUUGUCAUAUCAUUUACUUAGCUCUAGAGUUUAUCUUGUAGGUGACCCUAAAACAGUAAUGAUCAUCUGGUGCAUGUGCCAGGUCUUACAGACAAUUUCUACUGUUUUCAAUGGCCAUUAUGCUGAUGUCACCAAAGAGCCAGAGGCUAAAAAGUGAUUGGUGCCUUUUUAAGGAGAUUUUAACUUGCAACACACACACACACACACACACACACACACACACACACACACACACACACACACACACAAUGAAAUGAUUUAAAAAGAGAGCUGUUACCAUUCUUUUGUUUUGCAUAGAGCACCUCCAUGCCUCUACAUUUGUCUUGCCAUACCUUUUUAUUAAGCGGGAAAAAAGGGUGGGGUUGGAGCUUGUACAAAGUGAAGAUUUUGCACGGAUCUGGUCAGAGUUGGAUGUGCACCAUAUUCUAAAUGUGCAAACCGUAUUCCAUAGAACAUGUAAAAUGUGCAUCUUGUAGAUGCUAUAGGCUAUUCUUACUGUGUAUACUGGUCUUUUUUGCACUAAAAACAGCAGUUAUUUGGCUGUUUUAUGGUACAAAACAGUAUUUCUGCUUAAGUUCAAUGGAAAAUGGCUGCUGCUGUGCAUGAGGCUAUGUUCACGCACAUGUUCUGUCGGCGCUCCGCUGUCAGUGGAAUGUCUGCACAGUGUUUCCGUGUGAACAUAGCCUAAAACUGAGUUUUAGACUCUGCACCCUCCGUCAAGGGAUGGGCAUGGUUUAAAAAAAUAAAAAUAAAUGACCUAAUACAUGGCAAAAUUUUGGCAUAUAAUUCGGGUGCAAGCUAAGCCAAUAGUAGGUAUGAAAAAACAAGUGUAAAGGUUGUCUAGCUUUAUCAUACAGCAUGGGCCACCUGUGAUAAAUUUAGUGCAUUCUUUAGCUUUUUAAGAAUUGGGCAUGAUGAGUAAAUUGGCCUUAUUGUAUUUGGAGAUGCUCGAUCUUCACAAGGUUCCAUCUCCUGUAUACUUCAGCACUAAAAAUCUCUUAGCAUUUCUUGCUUGUUCAGAGUCUGCACCACACUAACUCUGGUAAUUUGUGUUAUGGAAAGGAGACAGACUUCACAUACAGAAAAUCAAGUGCCCUCCGGUGUUACAAGAGCUUGGGGAAAUUGUUAUUGAUAUCUGUUUUCACACUUUCCUAACUUAUUCCAAAAAACAGCAGCAAAAGAGUGCAGCUCUGCAGUGUAACUCUAGAUCAGUAAUGUAUGUACAGAAUGAGAGGGAGUAACUCGGGAUCACUAUAGUACCUAUUCUAGGUACACAGUAAGUUCUGUGUACGGAAAUUAUCCAUGUAUAAUGGUACUUGGUGGUGACCAUUGUUGACUCUGAGCUGCUUCUUGGCAACAGUUGUGGCUGUGUUGGGUGACAUAUAUGCUAAAGACUGAUUUAAUCUAAUAUUUAGUGACGUAGGGAGUGCUAUAGUUGAAGCUUUAGUUAUGAGGUGGAGUUUUAUUUUUUUAGGCUUACAUUUUUUUUUUUUUUUAUGAAGACAAACAGGAUUUUGAGCCCAUUUUUUUUCCUGCCUCCUGUGUGGUUUCGUCUAGUAGAUUUACCUACCACUCAGCACAACUUUAGAGUGUUUACCCUGUCAAUAACAUACUUACCUGGACUCCUGCAGGUCUGCAUGCAGCUCCAUAUCUUCUCCCUUCCUCCUGCUUUUGAGCGGAGUGCUUAGAGUAGGACCUGCCAGAUCAGCCAAUCAUCCUUACUGGGGCUAGGUAAGUGUUAAAUUUUUUUCUUUUAAAAUGGACAAUGUAUAAUUAACAAUGUAUAUUAAAAGCGCUGUGGGGGGUAAGAUAUAUAGCGCUAUAUAUCUAGCCCCCCAGCGCAUUUAUAAAG